AGCCUACUACUCUCUGACCACAUCCAAAUAAUCUUAGCAGUUAUUCCUCACACUAUCUCAAGAACCAAUGCUGACUCGAUUGUCAUCUCAAGUGCUAUUCAAAGAUCUGGAAUAGUCGUUUUUUAAACCCCUCCUACAUCGUCGUUGAUGAUCAGAGCUCCUGGACAUGGUACUUAUAAGCUUGUCCGAAAGGCUUUCGGUGACAAGUGAUGGCGACCCGUUUUCUACCUGUUCUUCCGAUCAAGCUUCAACCCCCCCGUCACCAGUCCGCACAGAAAAUAAUUGACUUUGGGUAAUCCGAGCGAGGUACAGUAGAGUACUUACUUUUCAACUAUUUCAUGGUGGUCGCAUGAGAGUAGGAUCCUUUCCAGAAUUCUACAGUCUAGCCAACUUGAGCAUAGCACUAUACUACAGUUCAGGCCUUCUGAUGUUUUUGUUCUUUCCCAUCUAGUCCCCUCCACCUAGAAUUUCCGUUUCUUCUGUAACUCAAGCGCGUGGCGCUGUUCACUCCUAUUUCACAUUUGACAAGCUGCGGGGAUGUUGUGCUAAUUUUACUGCAAAGUCCUUCGAAGGUGGUGUUCUCUUCGCCGCCAAAGUUGGACUUUCAGAAUCGUCAUGAUCUCCGUAUGGAUGUUAUGCGCAUCGGCAAACCGACCAAGUCGAGGGCACGGGACCCUACACUGACAUGCAUGUCUUCAUGAAUUGCGCAAAUGUCAUCAAUUCAAAUAGGGAAUUUAAGCACCAGAUAAUUGAAGACACUAAUUAAGGUACUGUAUUUCCAUCGUGGACAUUCUUUAAUGCAUUCCGCCGAGUCGCGGUUGUGAUGCCUAUUCACCACUGCAUUCCGGUAACCCAAGUCCAAAAAGGUCGUUUCGCGGUGCUUUCAAUAAUCCGACUUCUCAACUAUUAUGGCAUAAUGAAUUUAUGACAGACGGUAUAAAGAGCGCAAAGUCAUGUCACUCAUGCAACAAUCUGAACUGAACACACCUCACAACCAAUAUGGCGUUUCUUGCUACCUCACUAGGCUGUCAUGCCCAUACCUCCUCCUCUCCUGCCUCUAUGCCGUCCUUCAUGAAAGAUGAAGUCGAAGGGGGCCGAUCUGACGGAUAUUGGAUUGAGGCCUUCCCUUACCAUGCUGGAGACAAGACUGGCCAAAAUCUCAUCGGGUAUGGCCUUGGCUUCGAGAACACGACGAGCAAGGUGAGAUGUUCAUUAACCCUUUCAAUCCCAAGAAUAAGACGUCUAAUUGGGAUCGUCGUCAACUCGCUGCGCUCGAGUUUCCGGUCUCCAUGACGUACGCUGAUAUCUCUGGGAACGGCUACAACGACGUAAUUAUCUCCGAUAGAUAUGGUCCUUCCAUGGACGACAUAUGGCACGAUGGCGGCCGUGUCAGUUGGCUCGAAAAUACAGGCGAUACCAAUGCUGAGAACUGGACUCGUCGUACCAUGGGUGCGAGCCCUGGUAUGCAUCGUCUGAAGGCAGGUCACUUCACUCGCACAGACCGCGUCCAGAUCUGCGCUGCUCCAAUCGUAGUGAAGUCUUCUGACCUCACCACUCCUGCUCCCAUCAUCAUCUUUACUGCUCCUGAUGAUCCGAAGAGCACUCACGCUAAUUGGUCGCCGGUGUUCAUCACAGAACUGCACCUUGUUCAUGAGAUUAUAGUUGUUCCUGACCCUCAGGGCGGACUUGAUCGUCUGAUGUUCGCUGGUCGAGAUGGUGUCAACUUCCUCUGGUACGAGGAACUUGCAUGGAAGACUCUCAAUGUCGGAAAAGGUUUGCCGCAAGACGCGAUUCCUAACUCUCCGUAUUGGGGCUCGGGAUCGGUAGCGGUCGCUCGCGUCGACGAUGACUACGCUGGGUACAUUGGGUCCUGUGAGGGAUUUCAUGGCAAUACUGUUUCCGUGUAUACCAAAUCUUGCAAUGCUUCUAAAGGGAUCGUCGGCAUCGGAUGGACACGUCACGUUCUGGAGGACUUUGGACCUUUGAACGACAAAUUUACUGGAAGCAUUCACGAAGUCGUAUGCGCCGACGUUGACGGUGACGGUGUUGAUGAACUACUCGUUGCCAUGAUGGGGUCGGCCCCUCCCUCGUUUGAUAAGACGGGCGUUUGGUGCUAUAAGCCCACCGACCUCGAGAAGGGCAAGUUUUCCAAGACGAAGUUGAGCAACGACUCUGCGGGUAGGAUCGCCAUCGCAGAUCUUUUGUCGAACGGCCGACUCGAUUUCUCGACGAUUUCGUACUCUGUCCCUGGGUAUUUCGAAUCUCCUCACCCCUCCAUCAAUGGGUAUCUCUCUACUGGUAUCACCGCAGAGAAGUUAAACAACGAGGUCUGCUUCCGAGUACCUCGACCCACCACAACCAAGUUCACUUCCGAGUUGGAAUUCCUCGACGUGGCUGCUCGACGACUUACCUUGGUAGUCCUUCCUCCGAACACAGAGUUCAAGGUACCAGCGGACUCUGCUGUCAAAGUCAUGUUUGGCAUUAUCUCUUGGAAGGACGCCAAAACCGGUCAUAAUGAAGAACGUAUGUUGGCAACCAAACCGUUUUCGAGGGUAGAGAUGUCUGUUCAUGCAGAGUGCGUGAAGAGCCACGAGGAAGGCGCUGUCUUUGUGUUAUUCAAGAAGUCGACUUCUUCUGGUCAACCUCCGUAUAGUGAUAUGAAGCAAGUUGUGGCCCAUAACAUCAUUCCCGUUCCAUAUCCUGAUGAUGUUCGUGCCAUGACAUUCCCUUGGGUCAAAGUCGAAGAUACUCCGUGGGCAAACGGUCGAUUCAAGGGUCUCGAAUUCUACACUCUCGCCGGUUUCCACGUUCGCUUCGCCGACGACUCUGAUGAUAUUAUCGCACACAUUCAACUCUGGACUGCAGGCGUUGGUGUCUCUGCUGGGUUCCACAACCACGUCGAGAAAUCCUUCUGUGAGAUUCAUGCCUGUAUUGUAAAUGGGACCGGCGGAGGCGGGAUGCGUUGGGCCCUGGUUGAUGAUGACAAGUUCAACCCCGAUACGCCGAACUUGGAUCAAACUGGUCUCGCUGUCGUACCCGACCUGCAUGAACAUAGUCCUCUUUGGCGUACCGGCCUCGAUGGCUUCCCUCUCUUGCGUACGAACGAUACGAUUGACUAUCCAUGGCACGCUUGGCUUGCCGGUGACAAGAGUCCUAGCGGCAAGCAAUCUUAUGACGUCUGGGUCGUCUUUGAGUUGCCUCCUUUCGUUGCCUUUUCCAGUGUCGACUCCUCUUCUUUUUCCGGACGUUUCUUGAUUGAAAAUGAUGAUUCGAAGCCAACCAGCGUGAUUGGUCUUAAAGACAACAGUGCAACAGAUGGUACUCCUGUCCUAGCGUUCCCUGCAGAUCACUAUCAACAAGAGUGGAUUAUAGCUCGGGUGACCGGGACGAGCCUGUAUCAGAUCAGGCAUGCUGAGACUGGUUCACUGCUUGCUGCAAGGUGGCCUCCUAUCGCUGGACAGGCUCUCAUGGGCACACAUUCCCCGGCCAAUAUGUUUUUGACGUCUAGCUGGUCUAUAAACAAGCAAGCUGAUGGAAAGAUCAUCUUGCGACUUGCAGCCACGAAAGACUUGGUGAUGGCUAUCGAGAAAACAAAAGAUGUUGCUCCUGAAAGGGUUGUUCUCAAAGUGGCGGCUUACGAAGCUGUACCACCUGCGUGGCGCUUGAAGCCUGUUUGAUGGUACACUUGUCAUACCCAAACGGAUUGAAGUGUGCAAAGGAGUACAAUAUUUGUAUUCAUAGCAGUGUUGUCUCGGUAUCACCUGUAUAUUAUCGCCGCGAUACGAAUUCUAAGACCUAGGGACCGUGG